AUGCCUUUAAAUCCCUCCUCUAAUCCUUCAAUCCCCAUUCUCAUAAAAUCCUGCAAAACAAUUCUCCACCUUCACCAACUCCAUGUCCACAUAAUCCACAAAGGUCUUGAACAAGACCACUCUAUAAUCUCCCACUUUCUAUCCAUCUCCACUUCAGUUUCCUACUCCACUUCUGUCUUUAAUCGCCUUCUUAACCCCUCCACUUUCCUCUAUAACAUCCUCCUUAAAAUCUUCUCUAAAAACUCCCAAUUCAAUGGCACAUUUUCGCUCUUCAAUCGAAUGAAACAAAGCGACCAUGCAUUGCCUGAUAAAUAUACUUAUCCGCAGCUUAUUAAGGCCUGUUCUAAUGAAUUGAGAUUGAAAGAAGGUCAAAUUGUUCAUGGGUCGGCAAUACGGUGUGGGGUUAGUGAUGAUGUUUAUGUUGGGUCUAGUUUGAUUGAUUUUUAUGGUAAAUGCAAGGAGAUAUUGAGUGCACGCAAGGUGUUUGAUGAAAUGUCUGAGAGAAAUGUGGUUUCUUGGACAGCGAUGAUUAUUGGAUAUGCAAAUUUUGGGGAUUUAGAAAACGCUAAGAGGGUGUUUGAGAGAAUGCCGGAGAGGAAUUUACCGUCGUGGAAUGCAAUGAUUAGUGGACUGACGAAAGCAGGGGAUCUAAAGGGAGCGAGGAAGGUGUUUGAUGAAAUGGUUGAGAGAAAUGUUGUUUCGUUUACAGUUAUGAUUGAUGGGUAUGCGAAAGCUGGGGAUAUGGUGUCUGCAAGGGCAUUGUUUGAGGAAGCUCCAGAGAAAGAUAUUGUUGCGUGGUCAGCAUUGAUUUCUGGGUAUUCUCAGAAUGAGCAGCCUAAUGAGGCUCUAAAGAUAUUUCUUGAAUUGGUGUCAGUGAAUGUUAAGCCUGAUGAAUUUAUAAUGGUGAGCAUGAUGUCUGCUUGUUCUCAACUGGGUAGUUUAGAUAUGGCUAAAUGCAUUGAUAGUUACUUGAGCCAGACUUCAAUUGAUAUUCUUCAGGCUCAUGUUCUUGCAGCUCUUAUUGACAUGCAUGCAAAGUGUGGGAACCUGGAAAAAGCAAAAACACUGUUUGAAGAUAUGCCUAGGCGAGACCUAAUUUCAUGUUGUUCUUUGGUACAAGGUUUAUCUAUUCAUGGACGAGGAGCUGAGGCUGUUGAGUUAUUUAGCAGGAUGUUGGAUGAGGGUUUAAUUCCAGAUGCAGUGGCAUUUACGGUAAUUUUGACCGCCUGUAGCCAAGGAGGGCUAAUUGAGGAGGGUUGGUACUUUUUUGAUGCCAUGAAAAACAAGUACUCUCUAGUUCCCUCCCCUGACCAUUAUGCCUGUAUGGUUGAUCUACUUAGCCGAGCAGGAGAACUAAAAGCAGCUUACGAUCUUCUAAACUCAAUUCCUUUGGAGCCUCACGCUUGUGCUUGGGUUGCACUACUUGGGGCUUGUAAAUUGCAUGGUGAUGUUGAGUUGGGAGAGGUGGUUGCUAAUCGGCUGUUUGCACUUGAACCUCAAAAUGCUGGUAGUUAUGUGCUCUUAUCCGACAUCUAUGCUGCAGCAAAUCAAUGGUUGGAUGUUUCUUUUGUUAGGGAGAAAAUGAAGGAGAGAGGGAUUAGAAAAGUACCUGGUUGCAGUUGUAUAUUUACAGAGGCCUAG